AUGAGUAGCUACUACUCUGACGACGAGGAUCUGAACAUACAUGUAUCAAGGAGGCGCGCCUCCCCGCCUUACAAUUAUGUCGAACCACCUCGGCAUCGCCCAGUGAGCUACUUUCCCACAGAGCAGCGGCCCCAAUCCUAUCUUGUACCGGAGCGCACUGUCAUCAGGACCCGCUCUCGCUCGCGCGAGCGCUUUCGACGUCCCAGCCCGCCGAACUCCCCGCCUGCGCCAGCCCCCGCGCCAGCUCCCGUCAUUAUUAACAACCGCAUUUACAAUGAGCACUCGGAUUCCGAUGAUGAUCGGCGCGGACUCCAAGUCAUGCCAGCCCGCCACCGAGACCACUCCCGCUCCCGUUCGCGAUCCGGGUCCGGUUACAUGACCCGAGAGGAGUUUGAAAUGGAGCAGACACGGCGAGAGCUGGAAGAGAUGCGGCUUCACCAAGCUCGCGAUAAGGAGGAGCGACGAGCUCAUAAAGAAUUUCGCGAGGAGGCUGAGCUGCAGCGUGCCAAGCGCGAACUUGACGCCAUUCGUGCUCGGGAGCAGCAGGUCAAGGAAGAAGCACGCAUCAAAAAAGAAUUGGAGCUGCAACGUUUACGUGAGGAAGAGCGGGAGGCCGAGGAAAAGGAGAAGCUCGAAAAGCAGGCCAAGGAGGCUGUUGCAAAGUACAAGCAGAAGGAGCUGGAACGAAUCGCGCAAGAGCAGAAGGAGAAGGAUGCGCGCGAAAAGGAAUACAAGCGACGUCUCCAAGAGGACCUCAUCAACUCGGGCGUCGACGAGAAGCAUAUCGCUGCCAUCCUAAAGAAGGAGAAGGUUCCAGACAAGGUCAAGGCGCCAGCAUCACUCCCUCAGGUACCCUUUGUGCCGGUCGGCAAUGCGGUAGCGCGCCCAACCUAUACACGCAUGGCCCGUAGGCACCUGUCCAUCGAAACAUUACGGACCUACCGUAUUGAGUACGAAGUGGAUCAGGAUCCCGAUUACGUCCUCAUCAGACGUUGGGUACCAGAAUGGGAACAGGACACCCUUUGGAAGCAUACCAGAGAUGUCCGCGAGAAGAGGUCAGGCCGGCUCUUGUUGGAUGUCGGAGAUGGGGACAAGAGGCGAGAUCGCGAUGACCCGAAGUUUGAGUGGGUGAGGAAGAAGGGGGGAGACCGUAAGCGUAGCAAGUCGCCUGCGCUCCUGAUGUACCUGGCUGGUGCUCGGCCGGCCUAAAAUGAAGCAGUCAAGAUGAUGCUGCUUGCGCUGUACGUCAGUGGAAGAGUGCAACCAGACAAACUUGUGUUAUUUCAAGACCAUACUGCCUCCCAUACUGAAGAACAAACCUAGGAGAAGACCAGAGAGGAGAGCAACGAUACAAGUACAAUCUAUACCUCGACCCGCUCCAUAUUUGGGUUCCACAUGCGCUCUGCCCUCCGCAUCAGUUCUUCAUACACUGUCCACGCUAGAGCAGAGCUCAGCGCCUUCCUGCUCAUUCGUAGAGCGAGGCCAUCGAAUAGGGAUCUUACGCCUUCCUCCGCGAGCAUCUUGCGGCACGCUCGGUACAUGUUAGGAUACGCCUGUGGCUGCAACUGGAUUCGCGUUUUGAUUGCGUCGAAUGGAUUUGAGACGGCCGAGCACGCCGCUCCGGCGAGAAUGGCAGAAGUAAAGUUAAUGGUGCCUGCUUGCGACAUCUUAAGCGAUGCAUUUCCAUCGUGGCCGACAGCCGCUUGCUGUGGGACGACUAGACUGCUCAUACGCUUUUUAAGCAGUUCGUAAAAGAGAACAUACAUGCCCGCGUAGGGCGCAUCGCGGACAGCCGUGGCGCCGAAGCCCGAGAAGAAGCCACGAAGGCCGUUCGCGAUGUAUAUGUCUUUGGAGGCGCCUAAGAUGGAUUGGUAAGAAUACAUGCUCGACUCGUAUCGGACCUUAAUGACAGUCAAUGGCAUGAGUACGAAGCCGGCAAAGGUCCUAGCGACGGCCCCGGCAACAAGGUUGGCGGAAUUUGAAAGUCGAGGGAGGGAUGAUGAAUGCGACGUGCGUGGGGCAGCAUGUCCUAAAAGAUUUGACUUGGAAACAUGUUCGCGGAUAGCAUUGAGAGAGGUGAAGUAGAGAGCUGAGCCGAAGCCUGUCCGCAAAGCUGAAGGGACUGUGCCUCGCCAGAGCGUCCGUAACUUGUCUGGAGAUGCUGCUACCUCACUCAAAGAGGAAGACAGUGACCGAUGACCCGACUGUUGAACUCGGGUCUUCAGCAGGUCCAAGGGUUGGAGGAGCACCGCCGAGCAAACGCCGGACCCCAGGCCGGCUGCAAAGUGAAAGGCUGAUGAAUCUGCAUCAGCCGGGCGCGAGGACCAUCGGGAACUGUAGCUCACAGGAUUUUGAUCUGGUGCUCCCAUUGUGGGCCAUUGGAACUCCACGGUGAAAUACGGGCGUGUGAAGAAAGGGUUGCUUGAAGACUGGGGCCACUGU